AUGUUCGACCAAGGACCACUGUCGAUAUGGGUGCGAUUCUACAUCUAUGCAAUCCACGGCUACUUCAGCGAGGUGAUGUUCACGGCAGCCUGGGAGUUUGUCGUCAACCAGAACUGGAAGUUUCCCGGGAACACAAGCGUUUGGUCCCUCUUCAUCUACGGCGGCUCCAGCUUAGUUAUGGAGCAGAUGUACCUUCGCUUGAACGGCAAAGUGCCACUUCUUGUCCGCCUUCUGAUGUACUCAAUGUGGAUCUAUCUGUGGGAGUUCUCGACGGGGCUUCUUCUUACACAGUUCAAUGCUUGCCCGUGGGACUACACCCCCUUUGAGUGGGACUUCCUAGGGUUGAUAACACUGGAGUAUUUCCCAUUUUGGAUGUUAGGUACUCUAAUCAACGAGAAGUUCCUUAUGAAGCAUACGUUCCGGCUACACUUUGUGGACACCCCAGAUCCUGCACAUAAUAUAGAACAUGCAUCUUCUAAUGGGUGUGAAAGGAAGACAAAAUGA